AAAAUUUGUUGACAAAUAUUACAAUGAAUGUAUCACUCAAUCUCAGCUCUGGUGGGUUCGAUCCAAGCUUCCCAAGUGGAAAAAUUGUUCCGAGAGACGUUACUCUAACGAUGUUCGUCUCAUUUUUCAUCUUGAUUGUAUGCGGCAAUAUCUGGGUAAUGAUCGCUGUUGUCCGCCAGCCUAAACUACGUAAAUCGUCGACUUGUAUGUUCAUUAUUUCACUCUCUGUAUCCGACAUGAUGAUGGCGUUUUUCUAUAUUCCGAUGCAAGUGGCUUACGUGGGAUUUGGUCUCACUGGAAUGAAAAGCGUUGUGUUAUGUAAGGGAUCAGCCUGGCUACAAUGGGUUGCUCAAUGCGCCACGAUAUUUUCUUUAAUCGGAAUAGGAAUCGACAGAUACCGGGCAAUAGUUCAACCACUUCAUCCUAAGUUGACAAGAACAGAUGCUGCAAUGUGUAUUGCUGUAAUAUGGGUAUGUGCUGGGGCGUACUCCGGUCAUCGUAUGUACGUAUUAGACAUAGUUACAUUUACAUAUCCCGUAGGUAUCAAUGUGACUGUAUCUACAUCAGUAUGUGCAGUGCCAUCUGAUAAAUAUUACUUAUUAAGUUAUCUUGAAAUAAGUGACUUUCUUGUGAUGUAUCUAGUUCCACUCGUAAUCCUCUGUGUAAUGUACGCCAUAAUGGUAUCCAGCCUGUGGUUCAGCUCCGCUCCAAACGAUGAAUCAAAACAGAAGAAACGAAAAGCU